GCGAGUGAGUGAACGAGCGGGAGGAGUGUCGAGCACGAGCAUCCGGAGAGGUAGGAGGAGGAAAAAUUGCGGCGCAGCGGCAGCAGCAUUGGAGAGGCUAAUCAUAUAUAUAUAUAUAUACACACACAUAUAUAUAAAAGCAGCAAUCUAUCGGAAAUACAUUGGUUGACGCGCACGACUCGAGAGAGAGGAGGAGGAGAAGAAGAAAAAGAGGAAAGCAGUCGAGUUGAGGGGGGGUUGACGCCGAGUAUUUCCCCCUGUGGAGGUAUUACUGGAAAUGAGAGGGUUACACUGAACAUAACCAGAAAAGGCAUUUUUGCUUUGCUGCAGAGGAUGAAAAGAAAUAGGGCUAUUUACUUAGCUUGACAAUUUUAGUAUGGUCAGCUCUGAGAUAUAAAAAGUACAAGUUAAUUAAAAAAGUAGGGAAAAAAUUGACUUAUAAUUUUUUAAAUUCUUGCAAGGAGGCAGAAUCAUUUUAAUUUUUAUUGUUUUGGUUGGCAGAAUAUUUGGAUAUGUUAGGUAGAUGUUAGAUGCACUGUUAUGCUGGAUGACAACUAUUCAGAUGCCUUUAAAAUCACUGUAAGGGCUCUCAAAAGUGCACACAGUGCAUCCUAGGGACACCUACAAAAUGAUGGAUAUGGGAAGAAACAAAAGAAUGGUGAAGCUAAAUUUGUAAAUGUGAGAAUCCAGUAAAUUCAUGAAAUUUGGUACACCCCUAUUUUUGAAAAUGUUGUAAUCAAAUCAUUGUUGACAAAGAGUAGUUAAUUUGUUAUUUUAUGUAAUGUAAUUUUUUUUUCUUUUUCCUCCUGGGUAUUUCACCAAGAACAUUAAUGAGGCGAGCGUAGCUCUUCCUGUUCGCAGUUUAAAAAGUUUAGCUGGUAUAAGUUUUAAGAUUAUUUUGUACACUUGGGGAAGGGUGAUAAUAAAAUGAGCAGCUGAGGGGGAUUGAGGUCUCAGCAAGCACAGAGUGCUGCUUCUGGUGCUUCAGUGACCAGAUUGCCCUACAAGCUCUUCCUACAGUUUGCAAAUCUGCCUUGGGGAGAACAGGAAGCUCCAGUGCUAGAAGCAUCAAAGCUGAGGGCCCACAGAGCUCUGCUUGAAGGGUCCUGGCCAUGAGGUUUGAUACCUCACUCCGCUGACAGAAGACACUGGACCUAAAUGGCGCAACAUGACUUUGUUCCUGCUUGGCUUAAUUUUCCAACAUCUCAGUCUUCAACCAAGUCCUCUUCUACCAGUGAGAAACACAGUGAUAAUUUUGCUCGGGGUGAUGGUCGAUUUGGCGUAAAUCGUAGAAGGCAUAACUCUUCAGAUGGAUUCUUUAGUAAUGGUCUACUUCGAGCUUCUGGAGGUAGGAAAGAUGGUUGUUACCAGCCUUCAUUGCUUCGCCAUGAUUCUGUGGAUUCAGGUGUUUCUAAAGGUGUUCAAGUUAGCCUUGUUGGAAGUCAAGUUGGGAAAGAAAGUGCUGGUUGGCACAAUGUAACUAGAGGCCAUGACUCUAUUAAUCAGCGUGGUGGUGGUAGUGCCCAUAGACACUGGAAUGGCAGCUUUCAUAACCGAAAAAGUUCAGGAUUCCAGGACAAGGCACCUGUUGAGGUAAAAGAAGAGAGAAAGGAGGAAAAAGAUGAAAAACUUCAGUUUGAAGAGGAAGACUUUCCAUCACUAAAUCCCGAUGCAGCAAAACAGCCUAGCCAGAGCAGACCCGUCAGCACACCAGCAGGAGUAUGGGAAAACCCUCCAAGUGCCAAGCAACCGGUUUCCAAGAUGCUGGUCAUCAAAAAAGUUUUGAAAGAGGAACCAAUUUUCUCAACUAGCUUUUGUUCCUCAGGAAACCAUUUUGCAAACAGCAACAAAAACACUGCAAGCCCAAGCGUUUACAAAAAUCUAAUACCCAAACCUGCAGCUCCUCCCACAAAGCCAGGUCCAUGGAAAUCUACUGGAAGGGAGAACAAACCUGGUUUACUUUACUCUGGCCAAGAUUCAGCAUUUACAAGUCCUGUUGCAGUGAUCAAACCUUCAGUACAGUUCAGUAGUAGUUGUCACAUCUCUCCAAAAGAGACUCCUUCAAGUAUCACCCCUCCAAUAGAGAUCAGCACAAGUCGUCUAAUGAAACUGACUCGGGCAAAGACAGACAAGAAGAGUGAGUUUCUGAAGGCACUGAAAGAUGACCGGAAUGAUGAAAUCUCAGAACACACAGAGUUCGACAAAUUAGAAGGCUGUGUAGAUAAUAUUCCAGAAACGAAGAAAAAUGGGAAUGCAAAUGGUCAUCAGCAUAGUCUUUCCUUCUGUGGCCCAGAAAAAGAUUAUCUUUCCAGUUCUCUUGAAGCAGAACAUAGAUUAUUGAAAGCAAUGGGUUGGCAGGAAUGCUCAGAGAAUGAUGAUAACUUCUUGCCUCUGACUGAAGAUGAGCUCAGGGAGUUCCAGGCUAAAACUGAGCAGCUCAAGAAAAAUGGCUUUAGGAAAAAUGGUUUUCAGUUGAAGAACCGAUGUACAGCUUUACAUUUCGCCCAUUGGAGAGGCAUUUUCAGUACAGGGCUGCAUGAAGAUUCAGAUUCUGAAACUAGCAGUAGUACCAAUUCUGAUGAUGAUGCGUAAACUUGGUAUAAGUGGAAUUCACAUUAUAUGUUUUCUUAUAGCUGGAGGACUAAACUUACUAAAGCUCUUUUGGCACAGAGUUAUAUUUUUCCAUGCACAAGGGAGUUGAUCAUAUCCCAAAGAAGAAAAUUUGCUUGUUGAGCUUUUUUCUUUUUUCUUUGACCAGCUGGUCCUGUUGAACGCUUCGUAGAAUGAAAUAUGAGUCAAUAAAGAAGAAAAGGGGGCAAAGCACAUUCUGAGUAAUCAUUUGCAAGGAAAGAAGUGGGUAUUUUUUGAAAGCUUGAAAAAAAACAUUUGCAGACAAUUAGUAGGAAUAGCAGUGUGAUAGAACAAGCAGUGUAAGAGACAAAUUCAAAAUACUGAUGAUAGGUUGUCAAGAAUAAUGCUAACUACAUAUGUUUUUCAAUGUCGUGAUAUUUUGGGAAGAAGAAAACAAGAUUUGUCACCAGAGGUUUAUCUCCAUUUCUUUGGUACAGUUGUAAAAUAUUCACAAUAGGAGCUUUGAGUUCUUCAAACAGCCUUGAUAUUCAGGGUGGAUUGUAAAAUAUAAAUUUUGUGAAAUUUCAAAGAUUAAGAUUAUUUUGAUAACGUUAUUUACAAAUUUAAAGUGGCUAUCACAUAUGAAUAUCUGUAUGAGGAAAACUACUGCAUUAAAAUAACUUGGAAUAAAUAUUUUGCAUCAGUUUGCCAAAA